AUGGAGAAUGGCAUUCUUAUUUUCGAUUUAGUGAACACCUUGGUGAAAGCUCCCUCUUGUGAAGCAAGAAAAAAAUUAAACCAAUUAAAUGCUUCUACUUAUGCAAAAUCUGAUUCUGAUUCGCUGAAAGAAGACAAAAAAGAAUCAACCUUAAUCGAUAUAUCAGGCUACAGACUUUGAAAAGAUACCAUGAAAGUGCUAAAAUUGCUAACUCCCCCCUCCGUGAGUGAACAAAAAAAUUUUGUUCACUCACGGAGCGGGGUUAAUUUUUUUUUUUAAAAAAUUUAUAUAUAAAUUAUAUAGAAAAAAAAAUUUUUUUCGAAAUUUUAAAAAAAUCCUAAUUUGCAAAAAUUGGAAAUCAAAUAUUAAUUUUAAUUUGUAAAAUUUAUGUUUUAAAACGCAAUUUGUUUAAAAUUAAACAGAAUUAGCUCUAGAUUUCAUUAUACUAAUUAUCACUUAUAUAUCAAUUUUUUUUUUCCAUAAAAAAUUUUUUAUUAAAAAAAUUUUUGUUCACUCAUGGAGGGUGGGUUUUUGGGCAAAAAAUAGCGAUUUUUCUAAUGGUUUUGUUCACUCACGGAGGGGGGAGUAAAGAAUAAAGGAUAUUGCAUGAUUCUAGCAAUAAAUUCUUCUAAUAUUCCAAAAACGAACAAAAUAAUAGAUGAAUUAGGAGAUGAAACUCAAAAGCUAACUCCCCCCCCCUCCCUGAGUGAACAAAACCAUUAGAAACAUCACUAUUUUUUGCCCAAAAACCCACCCUCCAUGAAUGAACAAAAAUUUUUUAUGGAAAAAAAUUUUGAUAUAUAAAUGAUAAUUCGUAUAAUGAAAUCUAGAGCUAAUUCUGUUUAAUUUUAAACGAAUUGUUUUUUAAAACAUAAAUUUUAUAAAUUAAAUUAAUAUUUGCUUUCCAAUUUUUGCAAAUUAGGAUAUUUUAAAUUUCGAAAAAAAAAUAUUUUUUAUAAAAUUUAUAUAUAAAUUUUUUUAAAAAAAAAAAAAUUAACCCCCUCCGUGAGUGAACAAAAUUUUUUUGUUCACUCACGGGGGGGGGGGAGUAAGGGAUAUUUUUCACAGAGUUUUUAUAUCUGGGGAGCUUGGUAUAAAGAAGCCUGAUCCCAAUUUUAUUCACACGAUUAUAUCUAUUUUAGGUGAAAACGCAUCUGCUGUGCUUGAUAAAACUUAUAUAAUUGGUGAUAUGCUUGAUAAGGAUAUUGCUUGUGGAAUUAAUGCUGGAAUCAAGUCAAUUUGAUUAGACAUUUCGGCUUCAGACCAGGUAAAACUUAUUUAGGAAAGAAACAUUGAAGCUAUUAACUCUGGGAGAAUCAAAUACCCAAGAACAAUAUCUUCUUUAAGUCUACUGGAAAGCGCUAUUGAAUUUUAUGAGCCUCUUGGAAUAAAGGCUGGAUAUAUUAUCCCAACAGCGAAAAAAAGAGAAAUCAUUGGGAUGAAAGGGUGUUUUGCAAGCAGCAACAAAGUUUGAUAUAACUUUAUUGACCCUUAUGCGGAUUUUUCUCAAAUUGGAUCUUAUGAUGUCAUUGUUCACAAGGCUGUUGAUCUCUUGUCGAUGAAGGUAAAAUCUAGCUAGAAAGCACAUGCUUUAAGCAGCCUUAGGCUCUUUAUAGAUCAGCACCCAGAUAUCAAAAUCAUAGAUAGCUUAGAAUGCAUAGAAUAUUUACUGAAAAGAGGAGAUAUGUAUAAAAAGCUACAAGAAACAAUCGGUUCUGGUAUUUUCAUAAAUGAAAUGAGACUAAGGCUUCCUUGGCAAAUAGAUAUUUUACAGCCGAGCCCCGAUUCAAUACCUUUUGUGAGAAAUGAAAUGGAAAGUCAUAGCAUAAACUUCCCACUUUUAGUGAAAACAGACCAAUCAUCAGUCUCAGAUUUGUCACAUUUCAUGUGCGUGGUUUUUGAUUUUGAAGGCCUUAUUACAGCAUUCACAAAUUUCCAAGAAAAAUUAUAGGCACUGCCCUUGAUUGCCGGCAAAGGCUUAGAGCUCUCUCCAAUUGGUUGGGCCAGCUCAAGCUAGUCAAACCAACUGGAAAAGUUGGCAAAUGAGCCUCUUAUUGUUCAAUUGCCAGCUCUCCAAUCGGUUCGACAACCUAUGUUUAGCCAAUCAACUGGAGAGAGGGGCUCUCCAUCCCAGAGCCCUUCACAGGCACUUCAAGGGCAUUGCCUAUAAUUCUGCAAGAAUAUAUUAAUCAUGACAAAACAGUUUACAAGGUAUAUGCAUUAGGAGAAGAUAUUCGAUACUUUUCUCGACCUUCUUGCAGUAAUUUAGUUUCGGGACAAGGAGUAGUUUCUUUUAGAAGCGAUCAGCCGUGGCCACAAAGUCUUAAAUCAGAAGACAAGCAAAUAAUCAGAGAUCUAAGUAUGGAAAUCGUCAGAUUGGGAGCUCAAAUAAUUACAAAUUCCCUUAAGAUCACUAUUUUUGGCUAUGAUAUCCUGGUCCAAUCCCAUACAAAUGAUUAUAUUAUUGUGGAUCUAAACGUAUUCCCAGGCUUCAAAGAAUACUCCAAUCUCUCAGAGGUGAUGGAUCAGCAUAUAAUUAAUACUCUCAAAAACUAA